AUGUCCGACGCAUACCUCAACUACGACGCGCUCAAGCUGCCACAGCACAUCGAGACAGUGCUGCUGACCGGUGCUGGUGGCUUCGUCGGGCGCGAAGUGACCCAACUCAUGCUCAACCUGUACCCGAAGCUCCGCAUCAUCACGACCGACAUUAUCGAGCCGCCUCGUCUGACGGACGACCCGCGCCUGCGCGUAGUCAAGGCGGACCUGGGCGACACGGCACAGAUCGAAGCCCUUUUCGAGGGUGAAAAGGUCGGCGGUUUAAUUGCUCUGCACGGUAUCAUGUCUGGCGGCUCUGAAGCAAACUUUGAGCUGGGCUACGCUGUCAACGUCGACAGCCACGUGUCUCUCCUCAAGGCGGCCCGGCGACACUCGGAGGCUGUCCUCUCCCAGCCCAUGACUUAUGUCUUCAUCUCGUCCCUCGCCGUUUAUGGAGGGGACAAGUGUAAGCCUAUUGACCGAGUGAUUCCGGCCGACACGCCCAUUAUUCCGGGCACGUCAUAUGGUGUCGAGAAGACGAUUAUCGAGUUGUAUGCCUACGACUACGGGCGCAGGGGAUACUUGGACACGCGGUCGUGCCGCCUUCCAACAGUCGCAAUCCGUACGGGGGCGCCCUCGACUGCCGCCUCAUCGUUUAUUUCCGGUCUCAUUCGCGAACCCCUCCAAGGCAUCCCUAGCGUUUGUCCCAUCGCCGAGUCCGAGGCCGACCCCAUGCUCGACAAUAUGCCCGUAUACCUCUCCCGAGCCAAGACGGUAUUCCGUAACAUUGUCUGGGGACUGUGCAUGCCUGCCGAGAAUAUCAAGUUUGGCAAGGGCGAUAGGAGCAUCAACAUCCCCGGAAUCCGGGUUACGCCGCGCCAAAUCCUGGCAGCUCUCAAACAGCAUGCUGGCGACGAGGGCGUCAAGCUGGUCGAAUAUAAAAAGGAUCCCGCUGUUAUUGCCAUCUGCGAGACGUGGGCUGGAGACUACGACUCGAGCGCAGAGGUCAAGCAGGGCUUCGUGGUUGAUCAUGUGGAGAGUGGGUUCUCGGCAGCCGUCCAGGAUUUCAAGGACGAGCUCGCACUGGCAAAGUAG